GCCAUGUCGGCGGAGUGCUGGGAGCCUGGGCCGGGCGGGCACCCUGGGGCCUCAGGCGCAGGUCCGUGCCCCCCUGGGACCGCGUCCGCCCCCUGGAGCCUGCCCCACUGGAGGGCUUGCCUGGCUGCCGCGGUGCUCUGCUACAUCAACCUCCUGAACUACAUGAACUGGUUCAUCGUUGCAGGGCUGCUGCUGGACAUACAGAAUUUUUUUCAGAUCAGCGAUAGCAAUGCUGGUUUGCUUCAGACAGUCUUCAUCUGCAGCCUGCUGCUGUCUGCACCUGUGUUCGGCUACCUGGGUGACCGGCAUGGCCGGAAAGCCACGCUGAGUGUUGGGAUCCUGCUCUGGUCGGGGGCAGGCCUCUCCAGCUCCUUCAUCUCCCCCCAGCAUUCUUGGCUCUUCUUCCUGUCCCGGGGAGUCGUGGGCAUAGGCUCGGCCAGCUACUCCACCAUCGCGCCCACCAUCCUGGGCGACCUCUUUGUGAGGGACCAGCGGACAAGAGUGCUGGCCAUCUUCUACAUCUUCAUCCCUGUUGGAAGCGGCCUGGGCUACGUGCUGGGGUCAGCCGUGCUGCAGCUAACUGGGAACUGGCAUUGGGCCUUCCGAGUCAUGCCUUGCCUGGAAGCCGUGGCCUUGAUCCUGCUUAUGGCGCUGGUUCCAGACCCGCCCCGGGGAGCUGCUGAGAAGCAGGAAGAGGUGGCCAUGGGGGACCUGAGGAGCAGCUGGUGUGAGGAUGUCAGGUACCUGGGGAGAAACUGGAGUUUUGUGUGGUCGACCCUUGGGGUGACCGCCAUAGCCUUUGUGACUGGAGCACUGGGCUUCUGGGCCCCCAAGUUUCUGUUCGAGGCCCGUGUGGUGCAUGGGCUUCAGCUUCCCUGCCUCCAGGAUCUGUGCAACAACCAGGACAGCUUGAUUUUUGGGAUUCUGACUGUGGUGACUGGCAUCAUCGGGGUGGUCCUGGGAGCAGAGGCUUCAAGGAGGUACAAGAAAGUCAACCCGCGGGCUGAGUCCUUCAUCUGUGCCUAUAGCCUGCUCCUUGCUGCCCCCUGCCUCUACCUGGCUCUCAUCCUGGCCCCGGUCACUCUUCUGGCCUCCUAUGUGUUCCUGGCCCUCGGGGAGCUGCUUCUGUCCUGCAACUGGGCGGUGGUUGCUGACAUCCUGCUGUCCGUGGUGGUGCCCCGGUGCCGGGGGACAGCAGAGGCGCUUCAGAUCACGGUGGGCCACAUCCUGGGGGACGCCGGCAGCCCUUACCUCACUGGCCUUAUCUCCAGCACCCUGAGGGCCGGGCGCCCCGACUCCUACCUGCAGUCCUUCCUCAGCCUUCAGCAGAGCUUCCUGUGCUGCACCUUCGUCAUCGCCCUGGCCGGUGGUUGCUUCCUGCUAACCGCGCUGCGGCUGGAGAGGGACCAGGCCCGGGCCCGGCAGCCGGGCACAGGUACCCCCGGGACCCCCGGCAGCAAGGACAUGGAGAGCCGAGCCCUGCUUUCCGGCACGGGUGCCGCCGCCAAGGACCCCUGA